AUGGAAUUCCUCCAACAAUUGGAAAUCUCCGAAGCAACAUUCGUGAUGGCAUCCAAUUCGAAGACAUACAUUUUCGGAGGUGACCAGCCGUGGUCCCCGCACGACUGGACCGCGUCUGACGAUCGCGUCCGCGGAGGCGCAUCCCACUCCUAUCUUGAAUGUGACCCUCCCUCCAAUGCAGCUCGCUUUCAUGGUCAUCUCGAUAUUCACGCCUUAGGUGGAGCUGGAUUUGCUUCGCAGCGCACCACAGGCGACAGAAUGUGGGAUUUGACCGGCAACGACGGGUUGGAAUUGGACAUCAGGCAGUCCGACGGGAAAAAGUACACCCUCACGCUGAAAGACACUGUGCUGCCUAAACGACCCGAUGGGAGAGAGCAAAGCACCAUCAAUUGGGAAUAUGAUUUCCAUGCGACGGACAAAGGGCCCUUUGUCAUUCGAUGGAAAGACUUUCGCGCCACUUACCGGGGUAAGGACAAAGAAGACGCUCCUCCCUUGGACCGGAGCUCUAUCAAGCGAAUCAGCAUCAUGAUGCGGAGUUUCUUUGGGACCCAGGAGGGUGACUUUAGCUUGGAGAUUGCCUCCAUUGCUGCUAUUCAGACGGAAAAUUGAUAUUAUGGAACCCCCUGCGGUCCAGGCCUGAGGCAAAUAAUUUGAACACAAUG